GCUUCGUAUACGUUCCAGUACAAUUUACACCAAUCUGCUACUAUACCAUCGUAGCCCCUCCGAUUGUCACUCUCUGGACCGAUCAUAUAUCAAUUCCGCACCCACCCAACAAACCCCCUUCUCAACCAACCAACCAACCAAAAAACCAACAAUGCCAUCUCCACGCAGCAACGACCUCCGCAAAGAAACCCUCCGCCGCGCCGCGUACAUGCAAGUUGCCAAUACGCCCCUAUCUACGCAGACUACGCAGACCACACAGCCUACCACAACCACUUCCUCACCGACCUCCUCACCGACCUCCUCACCACCAGCACCCCCUCCUCAACCAACGCGCCAGAGACCCCCAGAACCAAACACGCCCGUCGUAGAUCCGGCUGCUUCAGCUUCGGCUUCAGCUUCGGCUUCAACUCCUGCUUCUACUUCAGCUUCCGCAUACCCCCUCCUCGACAUCGACCUCUCCAGGCUACGUGCCGGAAUGGGGCUUAGUCCGGAUGGGAGGCUCGUGUUUCUGGAUGAAACUGUGGCGGGAGGAGGAGGAGGAGGAGGAAGACCAGCAUCAUCACCAGCACCAGCACCAGCACCAGCACCAGCAGCAGCAUCACAACCAGGAAACGCCCCUUCGGCAGACUGUGGUAACGAGGAGGAGAGAGGAAGGGGAGGGGAGAGACAGGGGAAUGGAGAGGGGCAGUGAGGAGAGAGGAGAGACCCUAGAAUUAGGAGAGGAAAGGAGAGGAAAGGAGACUCUAAGCUAGAAGAAGCGAAGCGAAGCAAAGCAAAAGAAAAGGGGAAAAGGGGAAAAGGGGGAAAGGACUUCACAACAAUAUAUUAG